AUGUGCAACGGUGAAAGCAGCCGCCCCAGCUUCGGAGGCACCAUUGCGGUGCUAUUUCCCCGCGAAACGCCCAAUUUCAAUGCCUCGCCACAGCAAUCGCUUUCCUCGUCCCCAAGCUCGGUCGCUUCUUACGCAUCUUCCUCCCUUUCCAUGUCAUCCUAUUCACUCUUUUUCCGCGACACUGAUACAGACCGCAAGACCAAAGCCGUCUUUCGUAUGGAUGACACAGAUACAUACCAGACACUUCGUGGAUGCCGCCAAGUUGAUAUGCGUAUAGAGAAAUAUGGAGAUCUUACCACAUCAGCCCCGGCAACGCCUCCACUUCACCAAUUCCAACUGGACAUGAGCCAGGACCAGAGUCAAUCACGGGGAAGUCAAACAGAAAUGGAAUUCGAGCUGCCAGAAAGGCUGGACCUGGGCGUCUCGGAGAAAGGUAUCGUGGGACGACAAGUUACAGUCCGAGAGGCCGGAGGGGCAGUCUUGGGAGUUGGUGUCGUGGGCUACAAUUAA